AACAGAGGAAAAAACGAGAUUGAGAGAAAAUGAGAAAGAACGGAAUCUAAAAAUAAAAAUCAGCACUAAACAACCAUCUCUUUGAUACCAUUAACGUCACUUUUACUCCUUCUUUAACCAUCUCCUUCAUUCCUUUUUCACCAUUGUUUUCAGCUAUUAAAAGCGGUUCUCUAUUUCCAUAAACCACCACAGUCCUCCUCUCGAUAAGGUGUAGUCAAGGUGAUUCGAGUUGUUUUCGGUUCUGUUUAAAAGAUGAGGUUGCCGUUCAAGUUUUGCGACAAAGGUUCUGGUCUGGUUCUUUUGAUAAGUUAACUUUUGCUAAUUGAAAGAUACUCCUGUACAAAUCUUGCCUUAUCAAUAUUGAAGAAAGUUUACUUCGUCGAGGUACACCAUGAGUGGGGGAAAGAGGUAAAUCUGAAAAGAGGCCCAGAUCAGAAGGGAUACCGAAUUUUCUAAUUGUCGAUCAGAUACCACAGUUAUAGUGGGAUUGGUGGAGAGACUUUAAGGAAUAUAAGCGAAACCAAAUAAAGAAGUACUUGAGACAUUUGGUUCACAUGAUGACGAUCAAGCUCAGGAGGGAUGUGAUCGAAGCUUUGAUUCCGUAAUCCUAAAAACAAUGUGUUCCAUUUUACCGACUGUAAAAUGACUUCGACCUUGGAGGAAAUCUCCCAUUUUCAGGGGUGGGGCCGCAAUCUUCGCCGCCAAAGGCCCAUAGUACCAAAAUGUGAAUGAGGGUCAGUUUCUGAAGCUCCUGAACAUAAAUUACGGACAAUAUGAAGGUUUAGGAGGCAAGUGAGUUAAGUUGGAAUUUCUGUUUCACUUGUAUGGCCUAGAAUGCAAUUUCGAAAGGAAUGUUGGAAAAUUGAAAUCAAAGGAAAAUAAGGAAACAUGGAAGGUUCACAGAAGGUUUGCAUUUAUGGUUGCUUUUUUGGGGCGUGUAGUUUUCUGAAAAGGGAAGGACGCAUUGACUUCCGCUUGGCAGGUGUAGUUGAGGCUCUGACUUCAGAAGGGGAUGAUUAUACUUUGGUCCAUAUGAUUCUUUCUUGCAUUUUUCGUGCUUUAACUAGAUGUAAAUUGGCCGCGCGAAACUUUGAUGGCAGUAACAUUUUGCUACAUAUAUGGUUUUUGGAGCAUUUUUAUCGUCAUCCUACGAUCACUGAUUUUAGGGAGCUAUGGCCCAAUCAUACUUAUGAUCACCAGAAAAGAAUUGACAAAUGUGACUUACUAGAAGGCGUAGAUGCCUGGAAAGAACUACUUCUUACUCUGUCCGCCAAACGAAUCACUUGGAAUUACGAUUGGUUUUCCUCUAAAGAGGUCAUCUGUGAGUCUGCAUACCAUUCUUAUUUGGUACUCAUAGGAUUGGAUGAUGUUCAUCCCUAUGCUCCACUUUGGGUAAUGCGCCAGUUUGCACGACUACAAGAGGUGCCACCAACACGAGAUAUGAGCAAGUUCUGUUAUGAUUUUGGUAAAGAUCAACCUCAUGACGAAGAAAAAAUUAUAAAAAUUUGGUAUGCAAGUAAAGUUUCGGAGUUGAAUGAGAUGGUAGAAGACCGAGAUCGUGGAGAGGUGAUCCGUGAAUAUAUUACCUGGUUUAAUGAUCCUUCGUCGUUUGGAGAUAGGCCUGACGGGUCGAACAAGAGGAGAAAUGAUCAAAGAACUAUAGAAAGGCUGAAAGAGGAAUUGGAGCAUGCUCAGAUGACCAUAGCCAAACAAUAAGCCCAGCAGCAAGCCGAAGUCGCUCAGAUUCGUUUAAAUAUUGAGAAAGAUUAUCAAUUUGCCUUACAGGUCAUGGAUAAAAUAUAAAACAUGCUAAAAAUGAGGCGGCCCACUUAGAAGAAGAACUGGCAAACACGAUUGGUUUAGUCAGAAUAGUUGAGGCGAACAAAAAUGCUGAAAUACAUAAGCUGCAAGAAGACUUGAGUAUCAUUGAAGAGGAUGCGCGCCAACAACAAUUGGAGUUUGAUCAGCAGAAAGAGUAGUUUGAAAGAGAAAGGGCCCACUGGAAAUGCUCAAAGGGUCAGCUUCAUGCACAAUCAGAAGAAAUAAAAAGGCAGAAAAGGGGUCAUCAACAUGCAGAUUUUGAGGCAGAGCGGCGUCAGUGGAUGUUUGAGAGAGGUGUGCUAAACUGUCUCAUUGAAGAAUAUGAGGGACGAGAGGCUCAGAUGGGGCACGCCCUCAACACUACCCAGAUGUGGUUGUAGAACUGUCACGUGAAUAUGGGGCAAGCAAGAGAGCAAGUAAUUCGAUUGGUAGAAAAAGCAGCAUAUAUUCACGAUAAUCAUCUCCAUCUAAACAAUGAGAAAUUUGGUCAACAGGCACGUGCCCUCGUCCCACAGUUGCCAAUGGUGUUUCAAAAUUUGUACAAGACUUUGGGGGAAGAAUGGAGGCCAAGAGAUGCAGACCAUUGAUGAUAUCAAUUUAAGCAAG